ACCCGUGUCGCCCGUCUGUCACCCAAUCAUCGCCCAUCUCCAACUUGCCCCGUCUCAGCUAAGUACAGUCCCGCUGUGGCACGACCGUCGGCGCCGCUCGCGAAUGUGCCAGACGGUCUGCAUUCGGACAACCACCACUAUGCGCGACGCACCCGUCAUGCCAUCCCAAACUCCGAAUGCGACAAGCCCGAGCACGCAAGGCGGCGAGCCUGAGCACAACAAUCGAGCACGGUCAAAGGAAGAGGGACAGCAUAACAUAUGGCGGGCAGGAGUAGUGAACGAAAGGGAAGGGAAGCAGAGUUGCGAUGCUCGAGCAAGUGCAUUGACGAGCAACAAACUCGCAGCACGCUUCUCUACGGGCACGCCACACAGUUACCCGUGUAAGUCUCUGCGACUGCCGAAAAGCGAGCAGACACUCUGACCUCUGGUGGUGUACCCCUCGAUCUUGCUCACUCACCCCACCCUUCUCGCCUGUUUGCUUGUCAUUGCCCACUCGUUCGCCCACUCGCCAAUCCACCCUCGACUUCUCGCCGGCCCGCUAUUGCCUCAUCACCCACUCGCCCACUCUUGCUUGCUCGUCCGCUCGCCCGUUCUUGCCCGCCCGCCCACGUGUUCUCGUCUCCUCACGUUUUGCUUUCAUUGCUAGCCUGGUCGACCGACCACCCGCCUGCGCCUGCGCUCCUGCUCUCACUUUCAUACCCGUUUCUCUCGGCUUCUGGAUCC